GCCUCUCCACGCACAGCCGUGGUCUCAGUCUUUCUGGAGCUUGAAGAUGCUGAAAGAGCGUCUGGAAAUGGCAGAAGAUCUUCAGCAGCAUAUGGGUGCUCCAGUGGUGAAGCUGGAGAAGGAGCUGCCAUGGGGCCGGGCAGGGGAGGACUCAAGUCCUGAGGCAUUCCGGCUGAGGUUUCGGCAGUUCCGCUACCAAGAGGCCGCUGGUCCCCAGGAAGCCCUCAGGGAGCUCCAAGAGCUCUGUCGACGGUGGCUGAGGCCUGAGCUGCACACCAAGGAGCAGAUCCUGGAGCUGCUGGUGCUGGAGCAGUUCCUCACUAUCCUGCCCCGAGAGUUCUACACCUGGAUCCGAGAACACAGCCCAGACAGCGGCAAGGCUCUGGCAGCCAUGGUGGAGGACCUGAUGGAGAGCACACCGGAGGCCAAGGCGGUUCCAUGCCAUGUCCAGGGAGAGCCGCUGGUCACCACAGCCCUUGGCGGAGGAUCUUGGCAAUCAGGCAUCCAUUUGGGACCAGUAGAAGUCAAACCUGAGUGGGGGAUACUUCAGGGGGAAGGAGUUCAAAGCCUAGGCCCAGGCACUGCAGAACAGCUGAGCCAGGGCCCUGGAGACGGGACACAGGCCUUCCAGGAGCAAGCGCUGCCCAUUCUUCAUGCGGGUCCAGGUCUUCCCUCUGUGAGCACCAGAGACCAAGAGAUUGCUGCUGGGUUCCUUGCAGCAACAUCCCAGGGACUGGGGCCAUUUAAAGACAUGGCUCUGGCUUUUCCUGAGGAGGAAUGGAGGCACGUGGCCCCAGCUCAGAUUGACUGCUUCGGGGAAUAUGUGGAAUCACAGGACUGUGGGGUCCUUCCAGCACCAGAGGAUCCACACCGGCGAGAAGCCCUACCACUGCCCUGCCUGCGGCCGCAGCUUCAACCAGAGGUCCAUCCUCAACCGGCACCAGAAGACCCAGCAUCGCCAGGAGCCCCCGGUGCAGUGAGCUUACCGUGGGGACAGCUCUGUCUCGGGGAUGACUCGUGUUAUACCAAGUGGCCUGGGCAGUGCCCAGUGAGGGACAGCAGAAUGUGUUCAAGCAGGAGGAGGGCAGAGCCUGGUGUAUGGAGAGCUCCCAGAGAGCCCAGUUUCUUUCCUUCACCUGUUGUAGGGAAACACAAUCCUGAGCUUCGGUGUUUGGGGUUUUGGUUUUUUCCUCCCAACAGUGGGGUUUGGAACCCACCUCCUGUCAAGUUUGGAGGUAAGGGUAGAAUUUUGUUGUGUAUUGUCAGCUUGAAGCUCAUUUUUCUUUUCUUUUUGAGAUAAAGUCUCAUAUUAUCUAAGUUGGUCUCAGAUUAGCUAUGUAGCUGAAGAUGAUCUUGAACUUCUCAUCCUCCCGCCUCCAUCUUCCCAGUGCUGGGACUACAGGAAUGUGCCACCAUGCCUGCUUUACCUGUUUUGGAGAUGAGACCCAGGCUUUGUGCAUGUCAGGUGGGCUACUCUGCUGACUGAGGUAUGUGACCAGCCUUGAAGUUCAAUUUUUGGAGAGCUCUCUCUUGCCUGCAGAUGGUUAGCACAGGCCUGCCCUCCCUCCGUCUGUUUUCAUUUGCAAAUAUUUAUUAAGCACCCAUGGUGCUCCUGGCUCUGAGAAAUGCCAUGGUGAUUGGGACCAGUGAGAUCUUGGAGCUUGUGAGCAAAGCUGACGCAGUAGUUUGUAAGUAGCCCAAAGCACGUGUGUUGCAAGUGCCACAUCCUGUGCUAGCCUGUCCCUGUGUGGGACCUCACACACUCUCCACCUCAGGUGGGGACUUCUCUCAUGCAGCCUUGUUUAUUUUGCUCUCUUGGCAGCCUUAUUGUUGUGGACUAGAACAUCCUACCCUCAUCUGUAAAGUGUCCCCAUCCCAUUACUCCUGCACACUGUAACCACAGCUACUAGGAAAUUAAUAUUUUGCUACUGAUCAUUGAAUAAACAUGGAAAUAUUUUAAAACAAUUAGUAA